CGAGAGCUAUAUAUAGCCUCAGGCUAGCCCGAAGAGCACCGCGCGACCGCCGCCGGUAUGGCGAAGGAUCUCCUGUGGCCUCUGCUCGCCGCUGCCUUCAUGGCUGCUGCGGCGGCGGCGGCAGAGUCGAUGCCCGUGCCCGCGGCUACUGCUCUGGGGACACGGGCGAACGGCAGCGGCAGCUCCUACGCCCGUUUCUUCAGCUUCGGCGACUCGCAGAUCGACACGGGCAACUUCAUCCGGUACUCCGCCGACCCCGGCCCUGUCUCCCGGUUGCCCUAUGGCGAGACCUUCUUCCACCGCCCCACCGGACGAUGGUCCGACGGCCGCCUCGUCGUCGACUUCAUCGCGGAGAGGCUGGGGUUCCCGUACUGGCCGCCGUACCUGGCCGGGAAGACGGCGGAGGACUUCCGGUACGGCGCCAACUUUGCCGUGACAAGUGCCACGGCGCUGAGCCAGACGUUCUUCAAGGAGAAGGGCCUCGACGUCGACGGGAUCACGCCGUACUCCCUCGGCGCGCAGAUCGAGUGGUUGAAGAAAGUGCUCGACACGCUUGGCUCCACGAACCACGAGCGGCGGGAGAUCAUGGCGAGCUCCCUGUUCCUGGUCGGCGAGAUGGGCGCCAACGACUACAACCACCCCUUCACCCAGAACAGGACCCUCGACUUCGUCCUCCCCCUGGUUCCCCUCGUCAUCCGCUCCAUCGGGCAUUCCCUCGAGGCCCUCAUCCAGCUCGGCGCCAAGACGCUGUACGUCCCGGGCAUCUUCCCCCUCGGCUGCAUCCCCCGCUACCUCUUCCAGUUCCGCGACAGCGGCGCCGGCGCCCACGACCCGGCCACCGGCUGCCUCCGGUGGCUCGACGACCUCGCCGUCCACCACAACGCCCUCCUCAAGGCGGAGCUCGCCGCGCUCCGCCGCGCCCACCGGGGCGUCUCCAUCGUCUACGUCGACUACUACGGCGAGAUCCUCGGCAUCGUAACCUCGCCGGCGGAGUACGGGUUCGGCGUGCGCACGGUGCUGGACGUGUGCUGCGGCGGCGGCGGGCCGCACAACGCCAACCUCACCGUGGUGGGAUGCACCCUGCCGGGCUUCGUGCUGUGCCCCGACCCGUCCAGGUACGUGUGCUGGGACGGCCUGCACAACACCGAGGCGGUGAACGAGAUCAUGGCUCGCGGGAUGCUCGACGGCCCGUUCGCGACGCCUCCCAUCAUGCCCGCCGGACGCUGGACAGAGUAGAAGAGGGCCGCCAAAAUAUUCGUUCAUUCUGGCGCAGGGUGCCGAGCGCAAAUCCAGUGCGGGAAAUAGUUUGAGUUUGGAACUGAUGAAAUCAAACUAAAAGAAGGAUCGCAACUAUUGUAACUUUAUCUAUUGAAACUGUUACAUGCUUUCAGAAUGUCAUCCACUAUGAUGGGACUGC